CACCUCCCCUCACCCAUCUCCAUUUCCAGUUCCAUCUCGUGCUCCUCCUCGCCCCCCUUCGCCGCCGCCGCCGUGGCCGCCAUGGCGUCCUCCACCGCGGCAUCGCCGCUCACCUGCCACCACCUCGGCGUCCGCCUCCGCCCCCGCCUCCCCUCCCUCUCCUUCCCCCGCCGCUCCACCGCUGCCGCCGCCUCCAAACCCAUCUCCCUCUCCCACUCCCACUCCCUCCCUUCCAAGCCUCUGAGCCUAGACCCCAGUGCCACCGCUCGCCACGUCCUCCCUCCCAUCGCAGCCGCGGCGUCGGCGCCGGCCGCGCCGCCGCCGAAGCCGGCGCUGAAGGGCGCGGCAAUCAAGCCGCUGCUGGCCACCAUCGCGACGGGCGUCCUCAUCUGGCUCAUCCCCCCGCCCUCCGGCGUGGCGCGCAACGCGUGGCAGCUGCUGGCCAUCUUCCUCUCCACCAUCGUCGGCAUCAUCACGCAGCCGCUCCCGCUCGGCGCCGUCGCUCUGCUCGGCCUCGGCGCCGCCGUGCUAACCCGCACUCUCACCUUCGCCGCCGCCUUCUCAGCCUUCGGGGACCCCAUCCCCUGGCUCAUCGCGCUCGCCUUCUUCUUCGCACGCGGCUUCAUCAAGACAGGCCUCGGCAACCGCGUCGCCUACGCCUUCGUCUCCGCCUUCGGGGGAUCCUCGCUCGGUCUUGGCUACGCGCUCGUCUUCGCCGAGGCGCUCCUCGCGCCCGCCAUUCCCUCUGUCUCCGCGCGCGCCGGGGGCAUCUUCCUCCCGCUCGUCAAGUCGCUCUGCGAGGCGUGCGGGUCCCGCACCGGCGACGGCACCGAGCGGAAGCUCGGCUCGUGGCUCAUGCUCACCUGCUUCCAGACCUCGGUGAUCUCGUCGGCCAUGUUCCUCACCGGGAUGGCGGCGAACCCGCUCGCCGCCAACCUGACGGCGGCCACGAUCGGGCAAGGGAUCGGGUGGACGCUGUGGGCGAAGGCCGCCAUUGUGCCGGGGCUGGUGUCGCUGGUGCUUGUGCCGCUCAUACUGUACGUGAUCUACCCGCCGGAGGUGAAGACAAGCCCUGAUGCGCCACGUCUGGCGAAGGAGCAGCUCGCCAAGAUGGGGCCCAUGAGCAAGGAGGAGACACUCAUGGCCGGCACGUUGCUGCUCACGGUUGGUCUUUGGGUCUUUGGAGGAAUGCUGAAUGUGGAUGCGGUGUCUGCAGCAAUUCUUGGUCUAUCAGUUCUCCUGAUCUCAGGAGUUGUCACAUGGAAAGAGUGUUUGGCGGAGUCUGUGGCAUGGGAUACCCUUACAUGGUUUGCUGCACUUAUCGCAAUGGCUGGCUAUCUGAACAAAUACGGGUUGAUCUCUUGGUUCAGUGAGACUGUUGUGAAGUUCGUUGGAGGCCUUGGUUUAUCGUGGCAACUCUCAUUCGGUGUCUUGGUGCUGCUGUACUUCUACUCCCACUAUUUCUUCGCUAGUGGCGCCGCACAUAUUGGAGCGAUGUUCACUGCGUUCUUGUCAGUGGCGAGUGCCUUGGGCACCCCUUCGCUCUUUGCUGCCAUGGUUCUCUCAUUCCUCUCGAACAUCAUGGGUGGCCUCACCCACUAUGGCAUAGGGUCAGCUCCUGUAUUCUAUGGCGCGGGGUAUGUUCCAUUGGCUCAGUGGUGGGGCUACGGAUUUGUUAUUUCAGUCGUAAACAUCAUCAUCUGGCUUGGUGUGGGAGGCUUCUGGUGGAAGAUGAUUGGCCUGUGGUGAGCAGCACAUUGAAUGUGAAAUUGUUCGUUUAUGUUUUGGUAGAAGCUAAAAGGAAAACUAUUCCAAAUUUGCGGUGGCACAGGUUUCGCUGUCCACAGUUUUGUCGUCGGCAUGAUUGCAACCUAUUCUUUAGUUGGUAUCGAUACAUUUGUUCCAUCCUUUUGACAGCUAAUUGCGAUGCCAGGGUGCAGUUUUAUUGGCAAAAGUUAUCACAUCGAGCUAUGCUCAAUGGAUCUUGGAGAUCAUUCUCUA